CUAAGCAAUUUUUCCCAAUUAGAGUAUAUUUAUAAUUAAGUUAUAUUCGAAACGAAGCAAAUUGGACUCAUAUAAAAUGAAGACUGUUAAAUUAUCCAUUUAAAUAAAUCAGCAUUAUAUAAAUAGAGGAGAAAUGAAUAAUAUAUCCACCGGUUCUUUGAUAUAAAAACCAAUGAAAGAAAUUGCUUCAAGAUAAUUAUACAACCAGUUAAGUAGUACUAUUCAUUGUAACCAAAUGGAAAAAAUAAAUUCUUUCACUAGAGUAAAAUUGAAAAAGAAGUUCUCUAAAGUUCUUGUUAUAUAUUCCGGUGGAACUAUAGGUAUGGUACGUAAUGAAGAAAAUAUAUACGUUCCUAAAGCAGGCGUUAUGGCAGAAAAAGUUAAAGCAUACCCCCAACUUUAUGAUUUGGAUGAGGCAAAUGAAUAUCGGGAUAAGUACCACAAAGAGAAUAUACUGGUACUUCCAGACACCGGUGAUACUUCUAGAGUUGUUUACGCCAUACAAGAAUAUAAUCCUUUGUUAGAUUCUUCAAAUGUUACCAUAGAUGAUUGGAUUAAAAUAGCGAUGGCUAUCAAGGAAGCAUAUGAAGUUUUUGAUGGAUUCACUAUUUUACAUGGAACAGACACCAUGGCUUAUACAGCUUCUGCUUUGUCUUUUAUGUUAGAGAACUUAGGAAAAACAGUUAUUAUUACGGGUUCUCAAAUACCUCUAUACGAAGCUAGAAGUGAUGGACUCCAUAACUUCCUAGGUUCUCUAAUAAUUGCUGGAAACUAUUGUGUUCCUGAAGUGACAAUCUUUUUCAACAAUAAACUUUUCAGAGGAAACAGAACCAGCAAAGUUAGCACAUCUUCGCUUGAGGCCUUUAAUUCACCCAAUUUAUCUCCUCUUGCCAGUAUAGGGAUUGGUAUUCAAGUAGAUUGGAAGAAUAUUUUCUAUCACUCAACUAUUGAAAAGUUUAAAGUACAUCAUACGUUAAAUCGUAAUGUCGGGCUGUUAAGACUCUUCCCGAGCAUUACUAUUGAAGUAGUCAGAGCUUUUUUAAACCCACCCAUUGAAGGAGUUGUGCUACAGACUUAUGGUGCUGGAAAUGGCCCUUCAAGAAGAAAAGACAUUUUGGAUGAGCUGGAACUUGCGCAUAAAAGAGGUGUGAUUAUUGUUAAUUGUACUCAGUGUCCUUUAGGGCAAGUGGAUCCAUCCUAUGAAACUGGAAGAGCAUUAAUUGACGCAGGAGUUCUCCCUGGUUCAGAUAUGACGCCUGAAGCGGCAUUGACGAAACUAAGUUAUGUCCUGGGCAAAACUGAAUGGUCAAUGCAAACAAAAUGCGAUAUGAUGAGAACUAAUUUGCGUGGAGAACUCUCUGUUCACAAGGAAAUGAAACUCGAAGAUUCGGACGUUGUUACGGCUGUGGUAAAAGCACUAGGCCUUUCCUCAUCAAAAGAAUUGGAUGAUUUACGUGACACUCUCUACCCCUCUAUUUUAUGCCAUAUUGUGUCUGAGGGCAAUCUGGAGAAAUUGGAUAUAAUGCGGCAAUGUGGUGCUUAUCUCUCUGCUUGUGAUUAUGAUUAUAGAACUCCUUUGCACAUCGCUUGUGAAAAUGGUAAUGUUGCCAUCGUUGAAUACUUAUUGCAACAUGGAGCUAGUGUUCACAUGAGAGAUCGGGAACACAGAACUCCGUUACUCAGCGCAAUAGAAAAUGAUCACCAUGAGAUUAUUAAACUUCUUAUUAGAGCCGGUGGUUAUUUAAAUUUAAAAAAUACAAAAGUGGGCGAAAUUAUAUGUAGCGCCGCCAAAGAAAACAACUUGCGUCGACUUAUAUCGCUUAGACUGGCCGGAGCAGAUUUAAACGAACUCGACGCUACGCAAAGAUCAGCUUUACAUUAUGCUACAGAAAUGAACUUCGGGGAUAUAGUUUGUUUUUUGCUUCAGCAUUCAAUUGACAUCUCUGUGCAGGAUUUAUACGGAAAUACGUGCUAUGAUAUUGCUAAACUAUUGAAUCAUAACAAAAUUCAAGAAAUGUUAGAGAAACAUAUUUGCAUUUAAAAUUAAAUUCCAUCAAAAUAAUAUUAGCGUAUUUACCUCAUCAAGGUAUUCUUUGAAAUUUCAUACGUUGCAAAAUUUUGUGAAACAAAAUUAUGUUGUGAUUUUUGCUCUGAUUAAUGGUCAU